CCGGAACAUUGACACUAGAAUAGAUAUUAAUGGAACAACCAUUUUCGUCGCAUUUGGAUAAUUUUUAAGCUAGCGUUAUCGAUUUUACUUUCUGGUUAUGGUAAUGUGUAAUACAUAUAAGGUUAUAUAGUAGGACGAGAUAAACAGGUAAACUAGGACGACAGUCAUUAAUAUAUACUAGAUCACGCAGGUGAACCGGUUAGCCAAACAGUUUAGCAGUGUGGAAUAACGCUAAUAACAUUUUCAAGAUGUUGAGCUUGAUAGGUUCACUGGAUUUGACAUCACUGGUUCCCACCACGUAUCAAGCCUCCACCUCUCUCGUGCUGCAGACGACAUUUCUUGUUGGUGCCAUUUUUGUUGUCUUCAAGUUUAUAUCUUUCAUCAGAUAUCGUAGGCGCAUUGAGAAGAUAUUCGGCAAUCUUCCCGGACCAAAAGAACGCACAUGGCUUUACGGGAGUUUUGUUGUUAUGCGAACACUAGAUGCGCAAGGAAGGCUUCUAAAAUUUGUUGAAUGGGGAAACAAAUAUUCAAAAGAGAAGGGAUAUGUUCGAGUCUGGGGAUCUAUGGGACGCCCAGCCAUCAUUGCCUGCGAUCCCUCCAGUAUGAAAAGAAUUCUGAAAACUGCAGAACCAAAGCCUCUUAACCUUACAAGUGGCUACAGAACGUUGAAAGACUGGCUUGGAGACGGAUUACUCAUUUCCGGUGGCGACAAAUGGGCGCGAAACCGCCGUCUGCUCACACCAGCGUUCCAUUUCGACAUUCUCAAACCGUACAUAGACGUUUACAAUGACUCAGCAAAUGUUUUGAUUGGGAAGCUAGGGAAGUUCGCAGAUGAAAAGAAGGAAUUUGAAAUAUUUCAGCAGAUUUGUUUAUGUACACUUGACAUCAUCUUAAGAUGCGCCUUCUCGUAUGACAUUGAUGUGCAACGUAGCGGAGAAACACACCCUUAUGUACAAGCAGUGAGCGACUUAGCAAUAAACAACUCUCAGCGUCUCAGAAACCCACUGCUGGCACCAGAUAUCCUUUUCUACAGAACGAAAAUGGGUAAAAAGUACCAACAGGACUGUGAUUUUGUUCAUAGCGUAGCAGAAGACAUUAUCGAUAAAAGAAGGCGUGUUCUGGAGAAGCUUGGAGAGCCCAAGUCUAGAAAGUAUCUGGAUUUUCUGGACAUUUUGCUCACAGCUAAAGACGAAAAUGGAACAGGGUUGUCGGACAUGGAUAUAAGAAACGAAGUGGAUACAUUCUUGUUUGAAGGUCACGAUACAACAGCGAGCGCCAUCUCGUGGAUUUUGUAUUCCCUAGCAAAACAUCCGGAAUACCAGGAGAAAUGUCAGGAAGAAAUUGAUGAUCUGUUACAAGGAAGGGAGACAGACGACAUCAAGUGGUCAGAUCUCCCGCAUCUAGAAUACCUAACAAUGUGCAUAAAGGAAGGUAUGCGGUUGCACUGUCCAGUGGCCAUAGUCGCUCGUGUAACAACAAAACCUUUUGAUCUCGGAGAUACAAUUGUACCAGCAGGCACAAAUGUGCAAAUUAACAUAUGGAUGCUACAUCACAAUGAACACGUGUGGGGACCAGAUCAUAUGGAGUUUAAACCAGAAAGGUUUUCUAAAGACAAUGUAACAAAGAUGGACCCGUACCAGUUUGUGCCGUUCUCUGGAGGACCACGGAACUGUAUCGGACAGAACUUUGCCAUGAAUGAAGAGAAAGUAGUUCUCGCAAAACUACUGCACAAUUUCAAAUUUAGCCUAAAGCCAGAUCAUGAGGUGAAGUGGCGUUUGUCAGCUGUUAUGCGGGCCCAGGACGGCAUCUUGGCGACUGUGGAACGCAGGAAACACUGAGUGUAGUUUCGUCUGAAAGUUACUUUGUUCAUGGAAGAUAUUAUUUCAGCACUAAAUUUAAUCAGAUUCAUUUUUCAUGAAGGCCAAGUUCAAACUGCAAAGAAUUUGAGAACGUAUUCUUUAAUGUCAUAACACUGUGACUCCAUUGUGUUUAAAAUACACGUAUCUCAAUAUAUGUUGUCUCGAUCUCCAUAAACAUAAUUGUACGAAUGAAAAUAAAAAACUAAUACUUUUACGAGACAUCGUCGUAUAUCAAGGAAUCACAUAUUUCGCAGAUGGUUCUUUUAACGUGGCAACGCUCAUUAUAUAUUCUGCAAAUGAAGCAUGAAUCUGCGUUAUGGCAGAUCAUCAAAGAACUAAUGGAACGCGUUUUAACCUGUGAUAUGAGAAUUAUUUAUACAAGCAUCGCUUGACAAAACUGUGUAUACAUUUAUAGAUUCUGCAUUUUACUAUACUCAGAUUUUCUUUGCAUGUGUAUGAAUGACGUAGAAAGUAGUUGUUGUAAUUGUUGUUGUUUUUUUAAACUUUUUUCAAAACAAGAAUUUAAAGAUAUGAAGUCUGUAUUAUAUGUCUUUCAUUUUUUUACAUUUAUUUUCAUGUAAUGAAUAUCGAAAUAAAUGUUUUAAGUAAAGUAUAUGUGUAAUAUGGAACAAUAAAAUGGUACGAAUCAAA